AGAACAAGACUUAUGGAUGUGCUUCCCUAGCUCCCAUCACCACAACAAACAUAAUGACAAUGAGGCGGGGCCUUUUUGUCUGCGUUGCCACGUCCUGUGCCCUCGCAGGGUUCUGGGGCGCAUGGUUGCUCUAUGGUGGUGCCCCAGUGCCGACAGCCGGUGGGGUGGGCAUGGCAAACGCGGAGCGGAGUAGCUCUUUGUCGGUCGAGAGCAAAAUCGCAGCUCUGGACGCCGAGUUUGAGGCUAUCCGGAAGCGCGUUGUGGACCGUGACUUCGAAGCUACUACAGUGGUUUUAGAUGGCGAUCUCUCUUUGCGGGUACAUAUCAUGGUUAAACUAAGAAAAGCGCAAAUUCAGUUCGGCAUGUCUCCAGUGUCUCUCCGCGCUGUUCCUGAAGCUUUGGUGGCGCGGUACACUGCGACGAGCGAAAGAGGCGGGGCGCGAACCACUCCUAGCGCUGUUGCGACAACGAGUGGCACAGGAGAAAAGGCACCUUCUGGAGGAAGUGCUGCCACAACAAAGGGGUCCUCAGUCUCAAACUUCUUGGAUUUCCCGGGGCCGGGACUAGCGUGGGAGCUGGUCUCGAAUCUGCCUCCUGGCGCAACCGCAAAGGGCACCGGGGAGGAUGAAAAGCGAUUAGCACAGGUGGGAGGAGCCAAGAACAGUCGUGCAUUGGCGUCUACAAGCAAGAAGAUGCUUCUUUUCGAUAUAAAGCAGACAAAUCUACUGCACUACGAUGAACCAGAACUCCUGCGCCGUUUUGACUUUGUGCGGGCUAAUGAAGAAUGCGACGCGGUGCUCGCUGCGUCGGGGACGGCUGUCAUAAGCGCGCGGUCCUUUCCAAGUAGAACUAGGGUGUGUGUAGACGCAGCAGACUUUAUUUUUCGGAGCACAGAUCUCGCUGGAGAUGGCGGUGCUGCAGAAAUAGAUGCAGCGCAAACUGCAGGAGGUGCAGAGGAUCGUAAAACUGAAAGUCCUAUUGAUGAGAAGAGUAGAGAACUAAGAAUGGCCGCCGCCGCUGAACUCGUUGCGAGACUGGAGAACGCGCGCAUAAGUAAGCCUCUGAGUGUGAAGUCGCUUACGAAUUCUGAAGACUUGCUUAUCAAAUACAAAGCACAAGCAGGAGCAGCAUCACCUUCGCCGCCAAUCAUUUUUGUGGCUGGUUUCAAACCCGAGGACGAAGCGGAGAGUGCCCUGAUCACCGACUGGGUCCUCGACACGCCCUCAGACAUCAUCUUCGGCAGUCCUGGAGCGAAGAACGCAGCUGCUAAUGUCAAAUACGUCGUCAUCCUGUGUGUGGUCUUGUGGCUCUCUGGCGUGCUCUACAGAUGUUAUUAUCUCAAGGAAGAUCUGGAGAAAACCUCCUUUCGGUCAUCACGGGAGCGCAUUGCGAGCCGCGUCUGUUAUUACCUGUGCGGGUGCGGCCUCCGAAGUUGUCUCUCCACAGUCUCAGCCAUAUGUUGUCAACGAGGAAGCAAAAGCGGCUUGUCGGCUUUUUUUCGUGGUGAGAGUGGUACUGGGCGCGACCCUCAUUUCUUUGGCGAGAGCAGCGAGGAACAACGUGCGAUGGUCGGCACGCCGGCGCGGGAUCGCGUCGUAGACGACGACCACCUUCUGGAUUCGAACGAAGGUUCAUCGGGUGACGACGACGAUGUUAUUGCGCACGCUGUUUCGACUGGGGCCCAUUCUUCUGGUGCCUCUCCGUCCCAGAGUAGCAGUUGGAAGGAUCCGCGAAAUUCACGGCCAAAAAGCGUGUUUGGCGUUGAACUCGGCGCGUCGACGCGCGACUUCUCUGAGGUGACGAGUAGUAGUCCGGCUGCACCAGAAAGCGUAAGCGACGGCGUUUUCCCACUCGAAGAAAGCGGAACACGUACCACUGGGUCGUCCAGCAGCAGCAGGAGCCCUCGUAAAAACCUUCAGGAUGACCAUCUUAUCAGUGGAAGCAGUAAAAACAAGUUUCAGAUGAUGGCGGCACGAUCACCUGAAGGCGAUGAGCGGCAUUAUGAUAGGAACAGCUCUUACGCAUUACAGCAACAUGCUGCUUCUGCUUCGAUUGCGGCAAAACGCGGCAGCCGGUGGCGCAGUGUAGCAUUAGCAUUCCUGGCGAUUUUAGCUUUCUUUGGCAGCGCGAACGCUGGCUACUAUCUGCUCUACAGGCAGGUGGAUCUGCUGCCAUAUAAGGUUCACUGGGGAGCCAAAGAUGCUUUUCGGUACAAGAAUAGGAUCUUAUUUUCAAGUUGUGAAUAUCAAUAUGGAUGCAGUUGUAAUUCUGAUUUUUACUUGUAGCACCCUUGGACGACCUCCCAUGUGAUACGUGUCUAGAAGUACUUCGCGAUCACUAGCAAGUCUCGUCAACCCACAUUGCUUCGCCCAAAAAUUCCUUUCACAACUUUUCAGGUAUAUGUGCGGUGUGGAGGGGCUAAAGUCUUUUAGUACAAGCAAGCUUUCGAGUAUUAACCCCUUGAAGACCUUCUGCACUGACGAAGCGUCGCGCGCUUUUCAGAGAUGGGAGGAUAUCUUCAUUUACAAGGCGGGCCUCAUUUUCCUCUGGUUGUUUGGGGUCGAGCGACUCUUUGUGUGGCUGCUGUAUUCAAAUUCAUAACUUCUGUUUUGGGAUUGGCAGUUUUAGUUUCGAUUUGACUCUGCUUGCUCCUACAUCCAUGUUUUCCCGAUUUAACCUCGCUCGUCCUUAACGUUGCCGUA